UAGCAGAAGAAUUUAUGGAACGUUAUCUGAACUUGAAAAUUGAUCGUUCGACUGUGUCAAAAAUAUUAAAGAGAGCCGAUGAAUACCAAUUUCAGGAUGAUGUCGCUGAAACAACUUUUCGUCAUUAUCCUGUGAAGUAUCCAAUAUUAGAACUUGCUAUGAAUAUGUGGAUAGAACAGGUCACGACCGAAGGAAUGAUUAUUUUGGAUUUGUUAGUAAAGAAAAAAGCCUGCCAAUUCGCACAAGCAUUUGCUAUACCUGAAGGGUCACUUACAUUUUCAAAUAGGUGGGCUACUAAAUUUAAGAAACGUAAUGGAAUAAGAAAAAUUACAAUGCACGGCGAAGCAGAAAAAGCAAGAGUAACUGUACUACUUUGCUUCAAUUCAACCGGUUCUCAUAAGUUUCGUCCGCUGGUCAUUGGUACUUCUAAAAAACCACAGUGCUUUAAUGAUGGUUUUCGUAUCCAAGGCAAACAAGUCUUACUUCUUGUUGAUAAUGCGGCAUCUCAUAAGACUCCAGGAACAAAUAAUUCAAGUGAAGUUCAGGAUAAUGAUACAGAUGAAUCACUAUCUGAGAAUGAUUUCAAUGAUGAAAUUGAAAAACUUCAAGAAGAAUCACAAGGAAGAUCGCGAGGAAGAUCACGAGGAAGACCACAAGGAAGGCCACAAGAAAGAUCACGAGAAUCCAAAAGAAGAACCAAUAUCACCCAUUCUAACCGACCAAGACAAAUUUCAGGUCUUACAAAUAUUACUGUACAUUUUCUUCUACUAAAUAUGACUGCUCAUAUUCAGCCUAUGGAUGCUGGCAUUAUUAACAGCUUCAAAUCAAAAUAUAAAAAAUUGUAUUGUCGUCAUUUACUUACACAAUUUGAAAAAAAUGAAGAUCAAAG